AAAACGAGAACCGGAAGUCCGUCUUAUCUUGCCGCUGUUCGCGUCAAAAGUCAUCAUGGGGUCAGCAGUAGAGAGGACUGAUGAGCAUGUCAGGGAGUACCUGAUUUACCGCGGUUUUACUGGUGCUCUCAAACAUCUUGAUAACGAGAUCAAGGCCGACAAGGAGAAGGGAUUCAGGGUCGAUAAAAUCAUUGACCAGUUACUCCAGUUUGUCCAAACCUUUGAAUUGUCUGGGUUGAAGGAUUACUGGGGCUAUCUAGACAGACGUCUUUUCUGCCGGCUAGAAGACAUUUACCGGUCUACCGUCAACAAGCUGCGAACCAGUCUCUACCGUUACUAUGUUGUUAAUUCUAUUCAGAAAGGAAAUUUAGACAAAACCCAAGAGUUUUUUCAGAAACAAGCCUCGGAGUUGCAGGGCCAAAGUGAGUGGCGUGACUGGUUCAUCCUUCCUUUUAUUCCCGCCCCAGAGCAGAACCCUGCCUUCUCAGCAUACUUUUCCCGCCAAUGGGCUGACACCUUCCUGGUUUCCCUCCACAACUUCCUGUCUGUCCUUUUCCAGUGCAUGCCCCAGCCAGCCUUACUCAGCUUUGAUGCCGAGGUCCAAAAGACAACUGUCUUGACGGAAGAGAAUGAACAACUGCAACAAAUGCUUUUUGCUCUCCAGGGAGAGUCUAGAGGGCAGAACCAGGAAGCUACUGGAGGGAUCAUCCACCACAAACUGCCGGCUUAUGUACAGAACAUGGACCGCCUUGGGGACACUGAGCUGGACUUGGUAUCAGGCCAGCGGACGGUCACAGCCAUUGCAACGCCUUCCAGAAACUUCUUCUCCACCUUUCUGCCUCAGACCAAGCGUACCCCGGGUAGGACAUAUCAGGGAACAGCCGGAUCUUCACCCAGCCAAAGUGCGCUGGGAAGAAAGGAACCUCCAACCAAUCAGGCUAUGAAGUCCAAAGAGACUGCUCCUGUUAAAGACGCAAAACCUUUAUCAAGCCAGAUGUCAGCCAGUGAAGCUGGGACCUCCCAAUCUCAACAGACCUACCCCCGACACAAAAGGCAUCAGGAUUAUGAGAAAGAGAGAAUGGAGCUCUUCUCUAAACCACCACCUCAAUUACCAGAAAAGACAACAGAGAAGAAGUAUGAAUCCAAUGAUGUGGAGGUUCCUACAAAUGGCCCCAGUGAGGCUACAGACGUCUCAGCUUGCACCAGGAGCUCUGGAGGAGAAAGAGGAGGAGGUCUCUCCACAGAGCAGCCUUUUAUCAAACUUAGCCAGGAGGAAUAUGGAGAACACCAUUCCUCCAUUAUGCAUUGCAGGGUUGACUGUUCAGGGAGAAGAGUCGCCAGUUUGGAUGUUGACGGAGUCAUCAAGGUGUGGUCGUUCAACCCCAUCAUGCAGACCAACGCCACCAUCAUGUCUAAGUCUCCGUUACUGUCUCUGGAGUGGGCAACCAAGCCAGACAGACUGUUGUUGCUAGGCAGCGGCGUUGGCACCGUGAGGCUAUAUGAUACAGAUGCAAAGAAAAAUCUGUACGAGAUGAAUAUCGACGAGUCUCAUCCGCGCAUUCUCUCUCUAGCCUGUAGUCCUAAUGGUUCCUGGUUUGUGUGUUCUGCGGCAGCCCACAAUCCGGGCUCUGGUGGUUCUGGCAGUCCAGUUGACAGUGUACCAGUAUCAGGACGUCUUCUGCUCUGGGACACCAAGACGGUCAAACAGCAGCUUCAGUUCUCUCUAGAACCAGAACCUGUUGCUAUUAACUGCACUGCAUUUAAUCACAAUGGCAACCUACUGGUUACUGGGGCCGCUGACGGCGUCAUCCGACUGUUUGACAUGCAGCGCUAUGAAAGUGUUAUGAGCUGGAAGUCUCAUGAUGGGGAAGUUUACAGUGUGGAGUUCAGCUACGAUGAAAACACCGUCUUCAGUGUUGGAGAGGAUGGCAAGUUCAUCCAGUGGAACAUUCACCGCUGUGGAGUGAAGCAGUCAGAACAGAUUUUACCUCCCGAUGCCACUGGUCCUUUUGUCCUGUCUGGAUUCAGUGGCUAUAAACAGGUACAGGUUCCCAGAGGUCGACUCUUCGCCUUUGACUCUGAGGGACAGCACAUCCUCACCUGCAGCGCUGGUGGCGGAAUCAUCUCCAGGCUGACUAACGGGGAGAGCACUCUGGAGAGUGUUCUGUCACUGGGUGGGCACAAGGCACCUGUGGUGACGGUUGACUGGUGCUCGGCUGUUGACUGUGGAACCUGCCUGACAGCUUCAAUGGAUGGCAAGAUCAAAUUGAGCACACUCUUGGCUCAGAAGUCCUAGCUCCGGUUGGGGCCACAAUAACCAUAGUGGUGUAAAACCCAGGAAUCUUAGUAGAUCGAAUUAUUUCAUAUUCAAAAAGAGACAGUGAGAUUGCCAGAAAAUAUUCAAAGAAACGUUUUUUUUCCCCUUCUAUCACUAGGCAGCCGUUGUGUUAUCAAGUAAUGCUAACAUGGAGACUAUCGGAUGUUAAAAUUAACAUAUUUCUGGCUCUAUGAAAUUAUCUACUAUUCUCCGGAAACUCUCAGAAAAGCACAACAGAGUUUAACAGAACAAAAGAACAGCUUUUUGAAAGAAAAGUGUUCUCUGCCUUGGUGCUGAGCUAAUUUACACUGCUUUGCAGGGACGAACCCAACUGGACAAACUUGGAACUGAAACCACCCAAAAAUACAAGAGCCACAAAAAGGGUCUGGCUUUAGGCUUACAAUAUAACCCAUUGUGGUAUUGCUUGAUUUUUAUUAUUUUUAUUUUUUUUUAGGCUUAAAAAUAAAUGACAACCUUAUAAAUAAAUGAGAUGCUCGCUCUUUCAAGCACGACUGUGACAGAGGCCUUUACACAUCGCCUUCUUGGAACAGUCUGGGUAAACAUUCCAUAUGACAAGGGCGUCUUUAUGGAUAUUGGUUUAAAUUUAUUUGUCCUGAUUUAAAAGUACGUAUUUUCACCAUCACUCAAUGUUUAAUGCGCAUGAAAGGGAUGGCACAGUAUCUGUGAAUAAUUUUGUCUGGUGUUGGUUUCAGUGGGUAGAUGUUAUCACUUUUUAAAGAUGCUAUUCAAACAAAGUAGAGCUAUCACCAAGUUUGACUACAGGGAACAAACAAGUCCUGUUCAAUUCUGAUUUCGGCUGGUACACAAGUGAGGCUGGUGUGUGUGUGUAUCAUUUCAAAAGUACCAUAAUUUGUUCAGUUCUGUACUGUCUACAUCGUUUUGUCAGUUUGUUUGACAGUCUCACUCACAACUGUACUGGCUGAAUGAUAAAUAAAAUAUCAAAU